AUGGACGGUCACACAGAUCAACUCCUUCCGGAAUUCAAUGAUUCGCAUACGGCGGCAAUUUGUGAGCAGCUGCCCCAGCUGAAGAACGCGUGCCAUGCCCUCGAGGUGCCCGUCAAGAAACAGCAGCUCCAGAAUGGCCGGCAACCGACUCUGGAAUGGAUUCUGCCAUCUGCGGUUGCGCAACAGGAGCGGGAACUGCUAGAGGUGGUGAACCGGCACAAAUUCGAUGAGACCUUUGUCGAGAACGUCCGGAUAGUGCCCAGUGCCGGACAUGCAGCCAAGAUCGAGUUCCAGCUGCAGCCACAGGCCUUUGUGGAGCAGCUUCUUCAAACCAAAGCGAAUACUCUUAAGCCUUCCCCUUCCCCUGCAGAGCACAUAGUAGUGGAGUACAGCUCGCCCAACAUAGCCAAACCCUUCCAUGUGGGCCACCUGCGCUCCACGAUCAUCGGCAAUGUCCUGGCCAAUCUGCACCAGCAUUUGGGGUAUCGCACCACCCGCUUAAAUUACCUUGGAGAUUGGGGUACGCAAUUCGGAUUACUGGCACUGGGUGUGCAAAUGGAGAAAGUCAGCGACAAGGAGAUGCAGGCAUCUCCAAUUGAAACGCUUUACAAAUCAUACGUGGCCGCCAACAAGGCAGCUGAAGAAAGUCCGGAGAUCGCCCAGCGAGCGAGGGAUCUCUUUGGCCUGGAAGCAGGCACUGAUGAAACCAUGGCCAAGCAAUGGCAGCAGUACAGAAAGUACACCAUAGAGGAUCUGUCCAAAGUCUACAACCGAUUGGGCGUUCAUUUCGAUAGCUACGAAUGGGAAUCGCAGUACUCUCAACAGCAAAUUCAGGAUGUUCUAGACAGACUGCGCAACGCUGGACUCCUGCAACCAGAGCUUGAUGGUCGAGAGAUUGUCGUGGUGGAUGGUAGACGCAUCCCAGUGAUCAAGAGUGAUGGCUCCACUUUGUACUUGGCCAGGGAUAUCGCUGCAUUGCUGGAAAGGCUCUCCAGAUUACAGUUCUCGCGCUUGCUCUAUGUAGUGGACAAUGGUCAAGCGGAUCACUUUAAUGCCCUUUUUAAAACAGCGGCCGCUGUCGAAGAUCGCCUGAAUCUGGAUCAGCUGCAGCAUGUUAAAUUUGGCCGUAUCCAUGGUAUGAGCACUCGCCAAGGAAAGGCAAUCUUUUUAAAGGAUGCUGAUGAAGCACAAUAUAUAAUGCGAGAGAAACGAAACAUCAGUGCAACCACCAAAGAAAAUCUUUCUCAAGAUGAUCAUGUAUGUGAUAUCCUGGGCGUCUCGGCUGUCCUAGUCAAUGUUCUUAAGCAGCGUAGGCAACGAGAUCACGAGUUCAGCUGGCAGCAGGCACUUCAAGUGAAUGGGGAUACGGGAAUCAAGCUCCAAUACACACACUGCCGCCUUCACAGUUUGCUAGAUAACUUCAGGGAAGUGGAUCUGGACGACAUCAAGCCCAAUUGGCAGCAUUUCGCACAGGAGCCAGCGGAUGCCUUGGACCUGCUCUACGAACUGGCGCGCUUUGAUCAAAGCAUUUGGCAAUAAGAGCAACUGGAGGCCUGUGUGCUAGUAAACUAUCUCUUUGGAUUGUGCAAUGCCACCAGUCGCGCAUUAAAACGAUUACCCGUAAAGCAAGAGAGCUGUCUGAAAAAGCAGUCCCAACGCCUACUGCUUUUCCACGCUGCUAAAACAACACUGGCGGGGAAUGCAGCUCUUGGGCUGCGUCCACUAGACCAAAUGUAGACGAAUGACACCUCAACGCUAAUUGUUAACGUACUUGAUAUUUAUUAAAACAUUUCGAUAUAAAA